CGUUCUCUCAACUGGAUCAGAGAGCAGAUGCUUAGUCCUUUAGGACAAGUGGCCGAACGGUCCUUAAUUGCUCUGCAUCUAUACACUCUCCUUUUCAUCCUCUCUUCUCUAAACUCACAGCGUCAAACCAAAAUAUGACAGUGUAGAGCUCUUGUAACUAAGGCCUAUGUAUAUUGCAAAGCCCAUUCUUUCUUUUUUAUCUCCGGCUUCGAGGAUCGGUUUUCGAGAUGUGGUCCCUGGUUAACAAUAAACCCCGUUCUUGAGGAUUUUGACAAAACGGUUUUGUUUGAAAGAACGCGAGCAUUUUGUCAACUGCAUUGGAUCUUGAGCUUCUCAUAGUUAAGUCAUCUUUGUCGGGAACCAAACCACCUUUGACCAAUUACCUGCACCCUUCUUCUUUUGUUGAAUGCUGCUUGCUUAACUGUCAUCGUAUUAUUCCUAUCGUGGCGUUAUUCCACACUUAUAAUUAUCAUAUAUAUAGCAAAAUAGUGGUACAUCUGUACACUUUGAUCUGUUUACAAGCUAACGUUGAUGUAAACAUGAAUAUAUUCUUGUUAUUACAAGACUCAAAGCAGUUAUCAUUUAGAUAGCUUGCAUUACCUACUCGCGUAAAUUAAAUCAUAUCAUGAAAAAAGAGUAAAUACAAUAGAUACUGAAUGAUCUUGGUGUACUUAUUAUUCUGUAGAUGUAGAUAUUAUGAUAUCAUGUGAUGGUGCUCGGCGAAUGAUUAGAUUUCAAAGCAUCAAACCAGUGAGGAAACCAACAAAACCUAACGGACAAAACAAAAGUAUUCUUAUAGUGGAUGAAGUAAUUUUUAUUUGAAAAUAUAAUUAUUGCUUAACUGAGGGUAACAGCUUAGAUAAUCGCUUGAAAAGGAAAAUUCAAAAAUACGUGUUCGUCCAAACAAAAUACAUAAUUUACCGGAUUUUUUAUAGAAAAUGUUUGAUCAAAAAGGCAUUUGAGUUUUUAAUAGAUAUCUAUUAUGCGAAUUUGAUUUCGAAUACAAUGACAAUAUUAAUAGAAACCAUUAUGCCAAUGUUAUGAUCGGUUAAUAUAUAAGGUUUAUUUAUAUGUUUUCUCUUUGUAUUAUAAGUGUCUUUUGUAAAAUCAUACAAUUUUAUGUGUUAUAUAUUCUUAAUAAAAAUAUUUGACAUUUUUAGUGAAAUAAUACAUUUUGAUUUUAAUGAAAAGAAUACUGUUUAAAAUUUAUUUCAUAUUUUGAAUUGUAAUUUUAUUCCAUUUUUAAUAUAAGAAAACACAUAACAUACCAACAAAUAAAUCAAAGCUGAUUGUUAUGUUAUGCCUUUGUAAGAUUUGAGAGUAAGAAUACACUUGGAGUAUUUUGCCUUUGAUGAAUUUCAACCAUAAGAUAACUAUUAAAUCAGGAACACAUUGUUCAUUUUCUAAAUUUAAUUUGGUUAGGCAUCACCCAUCAUGAACCCGAUCAAAAGAUGUGCUCUGUUUGACAACUUGUGUCUUUUGAUGUAUCUCUACUAAUCAAAUGUAAUUACGCAUCUCGUACAUAUAGUACAUAUUGAUGCCGACUGUUGGAUAUUAGCCUUUCAUUAAAAUUCCACUUUAGAAAACACAGAUACAAUAUAAUUCUAAUAGACAGAAAAAUACAAAUAAAAUCUCUUAUAAUAAUAUUACAUAGUUAAAUCUAGGAAAAAUUUCUUAUAAUAUGAUAUUAUUUUUAAAAGGUAACUAUAAUUUCUGAAAAAGAAUAAAAGAGCAAUGCUUAUUGCUUUUACACUUUUAUCAUUUAGUGAUCAUUUUUAGAAACUAAAUAAAUAAAUUGUAAAACCAUGAAUAAGUUGUUCCUCCCAUAGGUCAAUGUUGGUAAAUCCCGUCUACCAUUUCUCUUAUUCCAUUCACAUUUAGAUACCACACUUCAGAGCACGCAUUGGUAAAAACAAAGAUAUAUUUUGAAUUUAAUCUCAAUACUUUUAAAAUUUUGUAUUAAUGUCAAGUAAUUACAUUUAGAAGUUUAUUGGUGUAGUCUUUUUUUUUGGGGCAAUCACCUUUUAAGGAAAAUGUUUUUAUUAGAAAAACAUAGACAGCCCUUUUAAACAAGUUGUAUCUAAAACUUUUUGGCAAAAGUUGUAUUUAAAACUUUCUAUGGUAUUUUGGUGUGAGAAUUGUCUUAUAAACAACACCUACACAAAUUGCUAAAACAACACCUAUAUAGCGUCACACAGCUAUAGAUGAUGCUGUGUAAACAAAUAUAAACCGUUUCAACAAGUUGAUGACAAUGAACUUUGUAUAAAGGUGUUAGAAUAGAAGUGUUAGUAUAAAUUGCUAAUUCGAUAUUAUAGGUGGUAGAAUACUUAAUUUCAGUAGGUUAGUUAGCAUGUGUAUCUACCACGAACCGCUCUUGUGAACGAUCAAACAACGUAGUUACCUAAUUCGAUCACCCCUCUCUCUCUUUCAGUCAAAAUUUUAUACACGAAAAUGUAAUUAACCGUAGUUCCACGUUUCAAAGUUUCAAGUUUCAAGUAAAGAAAAAGGUAAAUAGUGUAAAAAAUUAUGUCCACUUUUUAUUGGCUUCUCUCUCCCACACGCAUCGGUUCCUUUCACACUCUCCUCUUCUUGAAGUUUCUCUGCACCCAAAAAAGAUAAUAAUCAUAACCCUAUCUCUCUCUCUUAAGCCAUCAUCUAUCUUUCUCUCUUUAUCUCUGCCAUGGAUUCAGGCAACAGUAGUAGCAUGCAAUCCUCAAGCGGUGGUGGUGGAGACCAAGAAGAGUACGACUCACGCGCAGAUCAAUCAAUAUCCGCUUUGUUCAACAACUCAACCACCGUCUCCGCCAACAUCGCCGGUCAAACACAGCUUGACUCCCUCAUAGCUAACUAUUUCAACACCGGCUGGUCAACAGAUAGUCCUCUAUUGUCAACAACGACCAUGAAGCCUACCGAUGGCUCUAGGCCACCACCACCACCAAUCUUGUUCACAAAUCCACUUCAACAAGAUCUGAGAGUAGCUUCGGACACAAACACAAGUAGUCCCAUAUGUUCUGUCCCUACCGACAAGAAAAACGGUCUGGCCACAACAAGGAAUCUAAAGAAGAGAUCUCGAGUCUCGAGACGUGCGCCUACGACUGUUUUGACCACCGACACUUCAAACUUCAGAGCCAUGGUUCAAGAGUUCACUGGUAAUCCUUCUAAUCCUUUCUCAGGAUUAUCAUCUUCUCCUUUUCCAAGGUCUAGAUUUGAUCUCUUUGGCCCUUCUUCUUCAUCCUCACAACCCUUGAAACCGUUUCCUCAUAAACUUAUCCCACCAUCAUCAACGAGUCAUCCUUACCUAAAUCCUCCUUCUACAAAUUAUCACCAGAGUCUUCUCCUUAACAUGAACACGCAAAACAUCGCAAACCCUUUAAGAGAUCAAUCGCUGAGCUUGAGAACAAGUAAUGGUGUUGGACACGUGGACGUGGGAACAAACUUUGAAGGGCUUCAAAACAUUAUGGCCUCUUCGUCAUCGAUGACGCAGCCAACCCUAAAUACUAUGCAUGGAUUAGACAUGGUACCGGUUGAAAGAUCCGAUGUUUACACGACACCGGUUGCUUCUGGAACGGAGAAUAAUAAUUUUGGGGUCGUGAGAAAUGAAGGCUGUUCUGUGGGAUUGACGAAGUCUACUAUAUUUUUCUUGGGAGGUUAAGCAAUCUCUGCACGUUGAACCGCCAGUACGGACUCACGGAGAAGAACACAAGCGAGGCCUUGUUUGUGAUCAAAGCUUAUUGAACACUACGUGAUCGUGGUCCCUACCCUGCAGAUCAAGUCAUUAGAUGUCUCGAAGGAAGCUUCGCCUUCGCCUUCGUCGUCUACGAUACUCAAACCUUCUCUGUUUUCUCAGCUUUGAGCUCUGAUGGAGGAGAGUCUUUACUGGAGAAUACUCGGCGACGGGUCUGUUGUCAUGUCUGAUGAUGGUCAGAUCAUAAAGCAAAUGAUGUGCCAAAUCAUUUGCUCCUUUCCCUACUGGUAAGUCAAAGACACAAGAAACAACAUUUGAGAGAGAAAGACAUGUGAUUUAUGAAGUGUUUAAUGUUGUGUGAUUUUUUUGCAGGGAGUAUGUACAUAGUGAGAUCGGGCUUAAGAGUUUUGAACAUCCCGAGGACAACAUGAAGGCAAUGCCGAUGAUUGACAGCGAAGGUGUGAUAUGUGGAGCUAACUUCCAAGUGGAUGCUUGUACUAAGAUCAAUGCCAUCCCUAGGAGAGGAACUGAAGCUAACUGGGCUCUCGCUAAUACCCGUUGAUUUCUUCUUCUAAUUGGUUCAAUCCUCUGAAUCGUUCUUUUGUCCUGAUACAUUUUAUUUUUACAUACUUCUUUGUGUAAAUAGACAUCAAUAAAGAUACAAAAGCACUUUAUAUUG